AUGCACAAACACCACCACUGCUGUAAGUGCCCAGAAUGUUAUGAGGUGACCCGUAUGGCUGCCCUGCGUAGGAUGGACGCCCCGGCAUAUGGAGGAGACUGGCAAGCCGAGCCCUAUGGAUACCCGCCGGGGUACGGGGGAGGCCAGACCUUACCUCCCCCAGCUUCAGGGGGAGGCGGAAGCAUGGGAGGAGGAGGGGGAACUUUGGGGAGAAGUAAGGGCAAGAUCAUGUCUAGUGGGGGCCCGGGAGGCCCCAACCCAAAGGGCCACUCCAAGUGUGGCCCCAAAGUAAACGGCAGCAACUCCAGUGGUGGACAAGCAGGAUGGUGGCCUGAAUGCACCUGUACCAACCGGGAGUGGUACGACCAGGCCAACCCUCCCCCCAUCAUCGUCAACGCAGACUCACUAGAUGCAGGCCCUUAUGUAAAUGGCAGUGAUGGGAUGUAUAAAUAUGAAGAGAUCAUUUUAGAGAGGGGGAACUCUGGCCUGGGCUUUAGCAUUGCUGGAGGAAUAGACAAUCCCCACAUUCCUGAUGAUCCAGGAAUCUUCAUCACUAAGAUUAUCCCCGGAGGAGCUGCUGCUAUGGAUGGACGGCUGGGGGUAAAUGACUGCGUGCUGCGUGUGAAUGAAGUGGACGUGUCUGAGGUGGUUCACAGUCGGGCGGUGGAGGCCCUGAAGGAGGCGGGGCCUGUGGUGCGGCUGCUGGUUCGACGGAGGCAGGCGCCACCUGAGACGAUUUUGGAAGUCAACCUGCUGAAAGGGCCCAAAGGGCUGGGAUUCAGUAUCGCUGGAGGCAUUGGGAACCAACAUAUCCCAGGAGACAACAGCAUCUAUAUUACCAAGAUCAUAGAGGGAGGAGCUGCGCAAAAAGAUGGACGGCUGCAGACCGGAGACCGCCUGCUAGCUGUGAACAACAUCGUGCUGCAGGACGUGCGUCACGAGGAAGCCGUGGCCGCACUGAAGAACACCUCUGACAUGGUUUACCUCAAGGUGGCCAAGCCGGGCCCGGUGCAUCUCAACGACAUGUACGCCCCACCAGACUACUCCAGCAGCAUGGCCCUCCCUCCAGCCUUCCCAACCAUGGUGGACAACCACGUCGGCCACAACUACAUGGGGGCAAUGGAGCCUAAACCUGCGUACCCGCCGCCCCAGGUUACCCCGUCCAGGUACUCGCCAGUUCCCCGCCACAUGCUCGGGGAGGAAGAUUUCACAAGCAGGGCUGAGCCUAUUUACAGUGUCAUCCACAAACCUGGGGACAGCCAGGGGCCCCUGGCCCUCUACAGAGGCUUCUGUCCUUCCCCUGCUCCCUUGUGCCAAGCUCCACUCCCCUUCUCUGGCAGGGAGCCGAGGAAGGUGUUGCUGCACAAAGGCUCCACAGGCCUUGGUUUCAACAUCGUCGGCGGGGAGGAUGGAGAAGGCAUCUUCGUCUCCUUCAUCUUAGCGGGAGGGCCGGCUGACCUGAGCGGAGAGCUUCGGAGGGGCGACCGGAUUCUGUCGGUGAAUGGAGUGAACCUAAGGAACGCAACACAUGAGCAGGCGGCUGCAGCACUGAAGAGAGCUGGACAGACUGUCACCAUCAUUGCUCAGUACAGGCCUGAAGAAUAUAGUCGCUUUGAGUCCAAGAUCCACGACCUGAGGGAGCAGAUGAUGAACAGCAGCAUGAGCUCAGGAUCAGGCUCCCUGCGCACCAGUGAGAAACGCUCUCUCUAUGUCAGAGCUUUGUUUGACUACGACCGGACGAGGGACAGCUGCCUGCCCAGCCAAGGCCUGAGCUUCUCUUAUGGGGAUAUCCUCCAUGUCAUAAAUGCUUCUGAUGACGAGUGGUGGCAGGCGAGACUGGUCACGCCACAUGGAGAGAGUGAGCAGAUCGGGGUCAUUCCAAGCAAGAAAAGAGUGGAGAAGAAAGAGCGGGCCAGGUUAAAAACAGUCAAGUUCCACGCCAGGACUGGCAUGAUUGAGUCGAACAGGCAGCCAGUCAAAGUAAAGCGCAAAAAAAGCUUCAACCUCUCGCGCAAGUUCCCGUUUUACAAGAGCAAGGAGAAUAUUGUGCAGGAGUUGGUGGAGUCUGAACAAUGCCUGACAUCCAACACAAGUGACAGUGAAAGCAGUUCUAAGGGACAAGAGGACACCAUUCUCUCCUAUGAGCCAGUCAUCCGACAGGAGAUCCACUACACAAGGCCUGUGAUCAUUUUGGGCCCAAUGAAGGACAGAGUAAAUGAUGACCUCAUCUCCGAGUUUCCCCACAAGUUUGGCUCCUGUGUUCCUCAUACGACUCGUCCAAGGCGAGAGAACGAGAUGGACGGCCAGGACUACCACUUUGUGGCCUCGCGGGAGCAAAUGGAGAAAGACAUUCAGGAUAAUAAAUUCAUCGAGGCCGGCCAGUUCAACGAGAACCUCUACGGGACGAGCAUCUUGUCCGUCAGAACCGUGGCUGAGCGGGGGAAGCACUGCAUUUUGGAUGUGUCCGGGAACGCCAUAAAACGACUGCAGCAAGCACAACUUUAUCCGAUCGCCAUCUUUAUCAAACCAAAAUCCAUUGAAGCCCUAAUGGAAAUGAAUAAGCGGCAGACAUAUGAGCAGGCCAAUAAAGUCUUUGACAAGGCAGUCAAGCUGGAGCAGGACUUUGGAGAGUUUUUCACAGCUAUUGUACAGGGUGACUCACUAGAGGAGAUCUACAACAAAAUCAAGCUCAUCAUCGAGGAGCAGUCCGGUCCCUACAUCUGGAUCCCCUCCUCAGAGAAGCUCUGAGCUCCCUGCCGUCCCUCCUCUGCGUCGGUGCAGAGCCUCCCCCCCUUGCCUCCCAGAGACCCCACCCGAGCCCAAAUAGGCCCCCCUUCCCUGUCCUCACCUCCUUUUUGCAGAUAUGUUUCAUAUCAAGUUUUAGUGUCAUCAUUAUGUUACUCUCUAAAUGAAAAAGAAGUCUUAUCACCAUUACUGUGACUGUGCACACCCCUGCAUGAGUUUCUCAACAAAUCCAUUCAAGACUGGAAAUGCCAUUCCAAAGGAAUUUUGUCUAGCGAAAAACAAAAGGGAAAAGGAAUAAAUCCUUUUGUGGACUGGGACUGACUGAAGAUCAGAAUGUUUUACAGAAAUCUGGAGCGAGGAGUUGGGAUUCGAAGAAGUUGCAGGGGAAAAGAGACAAAUCAUACCAAGUUGGAACACUUUGUAAAUGUUCAUCAAAAUCACAUUUAAAAAGACGCGAAAGAUGAGAAGUUGAAGACCAAUUAAGUUUAUUUUGUUUUUGUUUUUCUAAACUGGAUCAAAUUUAGCCCUGCUGAUGGUACUGUUCAAGGAGGCAUCUCUCGUUUAUAAUGACUGAGGAAAUUACAGUGGAAGAGCCUACAAACUGGUGAUCUAUUUAUCACAAAGCAGCUUGCUGUUUGGUCGUCUGCCAUUUGUCUGUGCUGCAGCUGAUAAAGACAUCUCGGGAGGCAGAUCAAGAGGAAGACAUGUGUUGUGGAUCUCUACAUUUAUAUUCUGAAAUCACAAGAUAAAUGACAAAAUCUUACUGAGAUUUUACUACAUAUUAAAGAAACGUACACAUUUUACACUUCACUAGAAAUGUCAAUUUGGAGGGCUGUUAGAUUUUUUUUUUUUUUUUCUCUCUUUCUUUGUGGGAUUUUUUGCUUGUGGUUUUUAGCUGCUCUGUGUAAAGGAUGGGGGUAGAGAAGUGUAACUGGGCUCUCUGCAAAACACCAAACUGCCUUACAUCAAAUACAAAUUCUGUUUUGUGACUACCUGUUGUCUGUGAGGGAGGCUGCACAUAAUUGACAAGGAAGAGAGAGGAGACUACUCUCGUCUUUCCUGACUUAUUUUGUGUCCUCCAACUGCCAGGAGGCCUGACUUGAGUGCAAUAGAUAAAACAAAGUCUCACCUCUUUGGGCGCCUUUUCCUCCCCUGUAUUUCCACCUUUUUGCUGUGUAAUUAAAUACGAAAUUUGGCCAUUUGAUUACAGUUUGGACAGCCAGAGCCUCCUAGCUCACGUUGAGCAGCAGACCACCCUAUUACACUCUCUGCCUUCCAAGAUGAUUCUCUUCUGAUUGAAUGGUCACAUGGUACUGUCCUAUCUGCCGCCGUGACGGUGGCCUUAAAACGGGUAGAACAAGACAAUAAUUGUAUUGGAUGUCCUAACAAUUAAAGAGUCGAUAUAACCUGUUUUGGAUUGUCCCCCUGUCAUCAACAACACUUAAAUUGGGUUGGAUUAAAUCGACAUGCUUUGUGUAUCUAUAAACAUACGAAUUCUUCAUGGAUCUGUUGUUGGCAGGUGCUGAACCACUGUGUUGAGCUCUUAGUGCGUCGGGCUGAGCUACAGCGGCUCAGGAAUCUCCACGUACAAAUACCAUGUCCCCUGCGACUGAAGGCUUCGUUUGGGGCGAUGACACAGAAAGUUCAUAGUACUCGAGGUACUGUCACUUAAUUAAAGGCGUUUUCGACUGAACUGUGUCAUUGGGUUGUGUUAAGAGUCUUUUCAGCGCGGCGCGGAGCUCGUUCAAGGCCGUCGGCGUGGUCACUUUUUGAGUUGGCUGUAUCACGUCAUCACCAGGAUCAAAAUGACCUGCUCCACUCCCCCCGCCCUGCAGAGUUUGGCACUGUAUGAUAAUGUGUGCAUGUGAGAGGGCACGAACGAAGAAGGAAUACCGUGGCCCCCUGAUCUUGUGAACGUUCUCACUUUCCUCCGCAGCUUUUUGAAGAGUGCACGCGGAGUUUCUUUUUCCUUUUUGUUUUUUUUUUCUCUUUAGAGAGCCAGACCCAACAAAAGUGGUUACUCAGACCUCUGGGGUCCCCUGCUCUCUCCCACCCACAGAGCACCUGUACCUGCAGGCAUUUUCUGAACAGGUGUGCCCACCUGCCAGGCACCACUGCUAAACCAGCUGUCAUUACCUGUGUCAAAACCAGAGUUCAGGGAAUAACCGAAGGGAACAGAGCCAUUUAUAAACUGCUUGCAGACUGUUUCAAAGGGUGUGGUAGCUGUACAAUGUAAAUAAGCCCCCAGCAGAUCUCCCUCACCUGUGCUUCAUGCAUGUGUGAAUCAAAACUGGGACAAACAUGUUUUAUAGACCACAAAUGUCAGGUAAGUAAAGUUUGAACUACUCUCGAGAUUUAAUUUCCAUACAAAUGUGCUGUAUUGUUGGUAUUUCUCUUCAAAUGCCUAUUGGAACACUUAACUAGUCAGUUGGGAAUUUGAUUCCCUCAGAUAGGGCCUGUCUACAUGUGAUUUCUUGUGGAACGUGUCUGGGUGUAUAGAUAAAAAAAUAUAUUGUAAAAUAAAGAAAAAGCGACGCAGGCAGAAACCUACACAAUACCACAGAAACCAGGAGCAUUGAUCAAUCCAUCAUUAGAAUUUAGAAUUGGUCCUCUCUGGUGUUUAGUUGAAAUACAGCUGACUGUUAACAAUGUGUGUGGUAUUCAUACCUCAGUCAGCCAUGUCAAAGCCCAAAGAACUUGAUUUCAUUUUACUCUUUCCACUGAGGUUGUGCUAUAUAACAAGAUGGAACCUGAAUGCCUCUGUGUGUGUAUAAUUGAUGAGGGUCUUUGUUCUGGUGAGAGAAAUGAUGACAUAUAUGCUUUUUAUUUUUUGGGCGGGUGGGUCAGGGUUCUUGUUUGUACUUUUGGGUGAUGUUUAUGUUCUAGCACAUCUGUGCAGUAAGUGCUUGCAAACAUGAACCCUUUGAUUGUACAGUAGUUUCCUUCCUGUCACUGCAGGUGGUACAGCCUAUCAGGACACUUGGCCUCAUGGUCUUCCCUGUCCUAGUCAUGAGGGAACAGUCCUGCAACUUUUGUUUGGGUUUUAUUUUGGGACUUGACAAGAGUUUAUUUGUUUGAAAAUAAAAUAUGUGACUCAGU